UUGGGAGUGGUGGCGGUUGUUUCAACAUGGCGGCAUCUGUAAAGCGAGUUGGAAAUCCGGGGAUAUUUUGGAUGAAUGGCGUGUCAGAUGAUGAGGAACAGCCUUUGGCUUUUGUUCCAGGAGUGGACGGAGGAAGGAAGACUCCUUUCAUCCUGGGAUCAGAGAGCCUCUGUACAUACAAUAAAAAAGGGACCAAGAUGAGAACGCAGCACUCCUCUGACAGGAAAAAUCCCACCACACAGAAGACGGGCAAAAAAACCCAGGGGCAUUUACAAAGCGUUCGCUCUGGAACCUAUUCUUUAGAAAGUGUACCACUCAACCAGAGCAUGGCUGUGGCCACAGAGAAAGCCUCCUCUCAGCCCCCUGAUGCUUUCCCCCCUUUGGCAGAGAAAAAGAGCCCAUGUGUUCAUCCGUUGGUGUCUGAGACCAGCCGAGCCAAGAGUGAAGUCUCUUUGAAGGACCUCUGUCCUGAAGAUAAAAGGCGAAUUGCAAAUCUUAUUGAAGAACUGGCGAGAGUAAGUGAGGAGAAAGAAGAGUCGAUGCAACGUCUGAAAGAUGAACAGGGGAAUUUUGAGCGGAAGAUCCAGCAGCUGGAGCAACAGAACGUGAUUAUAGCGCAGGAGAGGGGAAGCCUUCAGCAGCAGUAUAGAGAGUGCCAAGAGCUCCUCGGGCUUUACCAACAAUAUCUUUCUCAGCAACAGGCGAGGCUGAACGAGUCCAUAUCCCAGCUGAGCCAGCAACCAAAUCCCAGCAAGGUGCUUGGUAACGAAGAAGUCCCCAGCUGGACAUCUACAGGCAGAGCUAAUGGCUCACCCGUUGAUGGCUCAUACCUCAGCCGUGCUCCUACUGCAGCACAACAGGCUCAUUUGCACAGGAGUGGUGAGGCAAGGAGGGGAGGAGAACCAGCAUUCAGAAACCUUUCCUCUCUUCCCUGUGACUGCGAGUCAAGUCCAACCGGUGUGCCACAAAGGCAGCAUUUGGAACAGAUAAGGGAGUGCAGGAAGCAGCACUCAUGCUACAGAUGUAAACGUGGCAAAAGCAGUCCUCAUGACAUUUGCAAUGGAACACAGCAAGGGAGAAGUGUUAAUGUCUCCCACCGUGGGAACGGCCAUCAUGACGCACUUAACCAGAGGGACUGUGAAAGGCUACAGAGUGGUAGUGUCACAGACUUGGAGGCCCUGAGCAGGCCUGUGCUGGGACAUGAAGACUGGGAAGAGAAGAGGCACCAACUGCUGCUACAGAAGAUGCAGCUGGAGAUGGAGAGAGAGAGGCUGCAUGCACGGCUGGCUGAGCAAGAGGAGAGGCUCAACAGACAGACUGAACAACUCCGACAGUCACGUCUUGAUUACAGCAGGAUUCCACAGUCUACUUUAGCCGAGCCCAGUACUUCUAAUGCUCCGAGUGGACGUCCAGAGCCAGAGGAUCCUACCCACCAAAAUUUGCCCUCCAGUGCGAGUUUCCAUCCGGAGGGAAGGCCUGCAGAACAGAACCUGCAUGAAAAGCACACUCAGACUGUACCUGCCCCUUCAGCCAGUGGAAAUGAUCACUUGAAGGGGUCUAGGAAGGACAUGGCCACUACUCCAGCAAAGUCCCCUGCAGGCACGAGUAAGACCACCCAAGCCUCUGUAAUGCAAAAGAGCCCUGAGGCCAAGUUGGACUUUUCUAUGGUUGAAUUGUUGGAUAUCUUUAGUCCCAUCUCUGCCCCUGAGCACUUCAAGCCGGGCGCUCGAAGACCCAAAACCUCACAGCACAGGUCCACCUUGGCCGCCCCCAAAUCAGCAAGCCGAAUCUUGCUUACUCCUGGUGGGCCUUAUCCUCGGUGUACUCGGCAGGACCUGGAAGAAGGCCAAAUACUGGAGGAUAUUUUCUUUAUUUGCUGACAAAGUAGGAGGAGGGGAAAUGAGGGGAGGGAAAAUAAAGUCGUUUAAUAUUCACCAGCCUGAUUUUAUCUUUGAAGUGUCUUUUUAUUUAAUUCUCCAUCGGCCUUCUGAAAUUGGUCUGAAUCUGAUCUUGUAUAUUGUGCUGAUGUUAUGGGAAACUGGUCUUUUGUUUUAUGUUUUUUUGUUAGUUCAU